AUGUCGUUUUUUGAAACCAAGGUGAAGAAGCCGAUCGUGGACUUGCUGUCGUCGGGGGUUUCCCCUCAUGCACUCGCGUUGUCGAUGGCCUUUGGUGUUACCUGUGGAGUAUUCCCGAUCCCUGGUCUUACAACGGUGCCCGUUGUGAUUGUCGUGUUCCUGCUUGGGCUGAACCCUGUCGCUGCCAUGCUUACCAACUACCUCGUGACACCGUUGAACAUUGCGUCCGUCCCUGUAUUUGUGGCUUAUGGAAACCAGUACUUUGGAGAUAGUAAAGAAGAGUUCUCUGUGAACGCACUCUUCUCGGGUCUGCAAGAAGACUUGAUCGGGACGCUGUCCCAGUUUCGGUUCAUUCUACUCAACGCCAUUUACAUGUGGGCGGUGUUUUUGUUGAUUGCGACGCCGCUCGUGUAUGUCGUGUUGUACCCCAUCCUCAAGUGUAGCAUGGGAAGCAAGGCGACGCCUCCGUCGGCCAAGAAGACGAGCUGAUCGCGCUUCAUGUCGAACACGGACAGCGUGAAUGCAUCACGCUGUCUAAAUGAAAAUGGAUGCUUUCAAUCUGUCGACGA